UGUCAUAAAUUGAGCCUCGGCACGCCUCGUAGUCAGGUGAUCGGAGCCGGAAGAGUUCCCGGCCGAGCAGAUAGUAGACUUCGGGAAGCCUGCAGUUGCCGGCUGCCGUGAUGUCUGCGGAGCCUUGGUUGUUGUUGUAUGAUUCUGCUUGCCAUAUUGCACAAGAGAUUGCUGAAAAAAUUCAAGAACGCAACAGAUACCAGAGGAGUGGUGAAAGUACAACUAAGGUCAAUGUUGCAGUCAGGUCGUUAUUGCAAAAUCUUGAAGAAAAAAAUAAUCGUCUGAAAGACUUGUUGUUUCACUCUGUAUCAACACGUCAGCUAACCCAGAGAGAAGGAGAAAGACGGCAAAUUUUAGUAGAUGAACUUUUCACGGCGCACAGAAAACUCCAAGCAUCUUUCCAAAUUGAAAAUACAGAACCCGAUGUAAUAAGGUCUAGCCUAAUGGCAGGUGGGGUCAGAAGAGAAGUAACAAACCCAUGGCUUGUGGAGGAGCCUGAGGAAACAAGAGGGCUUGACUUUCAUGAUAUCCGGCAGCAACAACAGAGAAUUAUUGAAGAACAGGAUGCUGGUCUUGAUGCACUCUCUUCAAUCUUAUCUCGCCAAAAACAAAUGGGACAUGAAAUUGGAAAUGAAUUAGAGGAACAGAAUGAAAUCAUUGAUGAUCUUGCCAAUUUGGUAGAAAAUACUGAUGACAACCUACGCAAGCAAACCAAACAUGUUUUGGGGGUGGAGAAAAAGUCAGCCUCCUGUGGAAUGAUGGUGGUGAUCGUAUUAUUGCUGAUUGCUAUUGUGGUUGUUGCUGUGUGGCCUACAAAGUAAUCAGAGAUUAUCUCAUUUUGCAACUAAGUGUUAAUAGUCAUCUAUAGCAAGGACUACCCCACUUUGUUUUGGGCAUUGUCCAUGUUCUUGUUCCAGUAUGAGAGACAGAUCCAUGCUUGAGCUGCAUAAAGGUUCUACAAAAUUCUGUAUAAAACUUUAUAUACUCAAGAACAUAAUUGGAAAAGAAAUGACUCACCUGAACUAACUUCAAGACAUAAAUUGAAAUUAAUUUCAAAGAAACACUUUGUCUAUAAAUACUUAUAAUAGUACUAAGUGGAAUUUUCUCUUAAUCUGCAGUGUCUAAUUAAAAUAUUAGCAUUUUCUUUCUUA